AUUUACAAGCCUCAUGUGACACUCCCCGGAAAAAUGCAAGGCAGUCCAGAUGGCAGAAAACAGCUGCUACUGAUUACGGGCCGUUGGCUCAAGAGUAUUCAUAAGGAGCGCGGGUGGAGGUCUGAGCGUCCAUGCAUGCGAAGUUGACAGUCGUCAAGAUGCUCCAGACCUUCCAGCUCUGUGUUUCUGCCCUCACUUUGUUCGUGGGAAUAUGCAUGGCGCAAACAACUGUUAGCGUCAGUGCAACGGCUAGCCACGCCAUUCCGACGAGCCUGUGGGGGGUCAUGUAUGAAAGUGGAGAUGGUGGUCUCUAUGCCGAACUUCUACAAAAUCGCGCCUUUCAGCAAGUAACGCCAGGCACUACAGCGGCACUGAAUGCUUGGGAGGCAAUCAAUGGUACAUCGUUAACUGUUAUUGCGGAUACUCAGCCGGUCUCUUCUGCUCUUCCUAAUGCGCUAAGUGUCACCAUCCCUAGUGGACUGACUGGAGCCGUUGGCUUCGCGAAUACUGGAUAUUUCGGUAUCAAGGUCACCCAGGGAAGUGUAUACACUGCCUCUUUCUUCUACCGUUUCCCCACCGCGAGCUCGUUUCGAGGAAACCUCAAAGUCGCACUUCAAACGACGUCCGGUCAAAUUCUCGCUCAAAGUUCAAUUUCUGUGUCGGGUUCCCACACGUCUUGGACUCAAGUGAGGGCUACAUUGAGGGCUACUACGACUCCAGCAUCUACAGCGAAUAUCUUUACUGUCACUGUGGAUGGUACGGCAGCUGCAGGCCAAACCAUCAACUUCGCGAUGUUUUCGUUGUUCCCACCAACGUUUAAGAAUAGAGCGAACGGGAUGCGCGUCGAUAUUGCUGACGCUCUUCAAGACCUGGGCCCCUCGUUUUUCAGAUUCCCUGGGGGUAACAACCUUGAGGGAGCAACGGUCGCACAACGGUGGCAGUGGAACGCAACAGUUGGGCCUCUUGUCGAUCGUCCAGGUCGGGUUGGCGACUGGAGCUACAUCAAUACUGAUGGGUUAGGCCUCUUGGAAUAUCUCACCUGGUGCGAGGACUUGAACAUGGAGCCUAUAAUGGCGGUCUGGGCAGGAUACGCACUGGGAGGCGUAUCUGUACCUCAGGACGAGCUAGGACCUUACGUUCAGCAGGCGAUAGAUCAGAUCUAUUUCACCAUCGGUGAUCCCGCUACUAAUGAAAAUGCGGCGCUGCGGGCUUCGCUUGGUCACCCAGAACCGUUCGCACUGAAAUAUGUAGAGAUUGGAAACGAAGAUUUUUUCGCAUCAACGACAUAUACCUAUCGAUGGCCAGCUUUCGUGGAUGCCCUCAAGGCAGAAUUCCCUGACCUUCACUAUAUCGCUACUUCGUUUCCAUUCGACCCGGUCCUCUCGCCGACCCCUACUGAAUAUGACAAUCAUCUCUACGCUUCUCGCUCGGGGAUGGUCGCAAACGGGUUCUUCUACGACGAUGUUGCGCGCGAUGGUACACAAUAUUUUGAGGGAGAAUAUGCAUGUACGACAAAUGACGCAGGAGCGACGCUGACGUUCCCUACCAUGCAAGGAACGGCUGCUGAGGCUGUUUUCAUGAUGGGCUUCGAGAGAAAUAGCGACAUCGUAUUUGCAGCAUCAUUUGCUCCUGUUUUAAACGAUAUUACUUCUUCGCAAUGGCAUCCCGACCUGAUCAGUUUCGACGCUGGAUCGGUUUAUCUUUCAACGAGUUACUAUGCUCAGAAGCUCUUUAGCAAAAACCGGGGCGACGAAUAUAUACCAAGCACCUUGCCCACCAGUACUGGCACAGUAUUUUGGAGCGUGGUCCGAAAGACAUCGGUAACACCAAAUGAGCUCAUUAUUAAAGUCGUUAAUACAGUGGCCACCGCUUCUUCCGUGACAUUCAGUCUUCCUUUCAGCUCCGUCUCAUCUACGGCGCUAGCACAAGUCUUGACGGGAGGCGCCACUGAUAGUAAUACUCCAACGACGCCACAGCUUGUCAUUCCGGUGAACAGCACCAUCGCAACCGGUCAAAAUUUCACCUAUUCUACGCCGGCGUUUAGUCUUAGCAUCCUCACAUUGACCCUGUGAAGCCAUUAUUUUUCUUUGCUUUCGACUGUAGCUUCGAAAAUGAAGUGUGUUGUACAGAUUGAACAGUGUACUGAAGUAAUUAAGUGACAGACAGUGUGAGAUGUCGUGGCAGCGUAACGA